GCACCGCAGCUGUAGUUGGCUACAUGUCUCAUGAUGCUAGUGUAUUUCACAGUCACUACUUGUCUGGAUUUGAUGAAGUGAUCAACCUUGUGUCUCAUCGUUUGGCUAAUGGACAAGUGGGACAGCUGCUUUAUCAAGUCAGUGAAGAUACUAACAUUUGUGCUAGCAAUUCUGUUUGCCUCAAUUGGUACUUUGACGAUAUCGAUCGGGAAGGAGUGUCUCCAAUUUGGCAUUUUUCUCUUCCACCAUGUCCUUGUUCAUUAGUUCAGGCUGCAAGCGAUUGGAUGUACCAAUGGAAUCAGUCAACUUCGACAUCUGUUUGUUACGUGUCAUCGUUCCCAUCACCAUUUUACGGUUCUCAAGUUCAGUGCUGUUACAGCUUACCAGAAUUUGGAUUGUUUAAUGGGUUUCUUCUAAACAAUCUCCCACAAGGUGGUACUGCCAAUCGCUAUCAUCCAUCACGUUUCUCACUAUUUCAUAUCAACUUUGAUAUUCAACCUUACGAAGAUUGCUGUAUCAAGACUGACCUUUGCAAUUUGUAUUAUCUGCGUCGUCCCUCUCAGUCAUGUUUUGGUUACUUACCACCAUUUUGGGCUUGGACCUGGGGAGACCCACAUAUUAGUACAUUGGAUGGGAAACAGUACACAUUCAAUGGUGUUGGUGAAUACAUUCUAAUGAAGACUGUAAACGAAACAUUUGUGUUGGAAGGUCGAACACGUCUGGUAGAGAACUCGAGUGCUACUGUGUUCUCUGCAUUUGCUGCAGCUGAGUUUAUAGCAAGUACUGAUUUUAGUCGGUCGCUGUUAAAGUCAAGUGUCAUUCAUACUGAGCUGAUGGACGAUAAUACUCUUCGUGUGAAGGCUUGUUGCUACAGUUUAGAAGACACUUUUGUUUCCAGUGGCUCUACAUUGAAGAGAAGUUCUUGGCGUGAAUUUACUGGGGAGUUUGCUGGUCUUGAUAAUGUCACUCGAUUAAGAUUAGAUAACAUGGUAUUGGCUCGUCCAGCUGAUAAGAAAUUAGUGGCUGUUUUUUCUUCUGGAAUAUCAGUGACUGUGGAGAUAAAGAAAGCGUUACUGACUGUGGUCUUUGCAGCUCCCAACACUUUUAAGGGAAAUACAAGAGGUUUACUGGGCGUGUGGGACGAUAACAAGUUAAAUGACUUGACAGCACGAAAUGGCACAGUCAUAUCCAUCAAUUCAACUGAUCGUGAAAUCCACCAUCUCUCACAGACAUGGCAAGUAUAUGAAAACGAAUCUUUAUUCUACUAUGACGAUGGGAAUGAUGUGACUACCUUCUCUGAUCCUAAUCACAUUCCAGUUUUUCCAGAUGAAGCUGUCAGCCGCUACACAGGUGAACAAAGAACUGCAUGCAAUGAUGAUCCUCAAUGUCUAUUCGACACAUUUGAAACAAAUGAUCCAGAAAUAGGGCAAGAAACUCUUGUUACUAAUGCACAGCUAAUUGAACAGUCUACUUCUCUGAUGAACUUUCCUCCCGUUCUAAAUGGUAGUCAUGUCUUAAAUGCUACUCUUGGUCAGACUGUGAGGUAUGUAUUCAUUGGAUCAGACAGCGAUGUUUUCAAUGUGACGUUGGAUGGUAUUCCUCCUCCAUUGGCUGAUUAUACUUUUGCAAGAAAUGGGGAUGAGUUUGUGUUUAUUUGGACACCCACAUCAUCUGGUAUUGUGAGUCUUCUGUUUAUUGCUAAUGAUACGACUGGUUCGAGCAGUCAGCUUCAGCCACUCAUUCGUCUGUGUGCAUGUCGGUUGGAAAAAAAUGCAGUAUGUAUAAUGGCAGAUGGAGAUGGAGGAGAGGAGCAGUUUAUUCUUGAACAGUGUGAAUGUGGUAGUGGUUGGGAAGGAAGAUUUUGUAGUGUGGAUAUUGAUGCUUGUUUAACAUCAAACUGUCCAGAAGGUACUAACUGUACUGAUCGAUCUGCACCAGACACUGGUUUUGAUUGUGGAUCCUGUUCUGCUGGACUUCAAGUUAUAGAUGGAAAAUGUCAAGACAUUGAUGAGUGCAUAAAUGAUACACUGAACAAUUGUCAACAUUCAUGUUUCAAUCAAGUACCAUUCUUUAGCUGUGAGUGCCACACAGGGUUCAACCUACAAGAUGAUGGCGUUAACUGUUCAGAUGUCAAUGAGUGUGAAAGUGGCAACCCAUGCCAUCAAGUUUGUAUCAAUGUACCAGGUUCUUUUCAGUGUGAUUGUUUUGAUGCAUUUCUUCUUUCAACUGAUAACGUCACUUGCACACCGGAAGAAGUAUGUAUAAUGGGAGAAGCAGACUGUGAGCAGCUGUGCUCUCGAAAUAGGAGUAGUGGAGUUGAGACCUGUAGUUGCAAUCAAGGUUAUCGGCUUGAUUCGAAUGAGCGCAACUGUUCUGAUAUUAAUGAAUGCUCUGAGAAUUUGGAUAGCUGUCAUCAAACAUGUGUGAACACAAACGGAUCAUUUACUUGCCAGUGUAAUAAUGGCUAUAAGCUAGAGUCUGAUAGACAUACUUGUACAGAUAUCAAUGAAUGCGUGGAGACCCCAACAGCAUGCAGUAGUAUUACUGGACAGCAGUGCAGCAACUUGCCUAGCUCGUUUAAUUGUUCAUGUCCACUUGGAACUGAAGUUAUUACCAGUGCUUGCAAACUUGCUGAUGAUUGUGCUUCUGGUCCAUGUCUGAAUGAUGGUGAAUGCUUUGAUGGUGUGGGCAUGUUCACGUGUCAGUGUAGCUCUGGCUACACAGGAGUUGUGUGCAAUCAAGAGCUGAAUGAGUGUGACUCAAAUCCGUGUCAGAAUAACGGAACCUGUACUGAUCAGUUUGACAAGUUUAAAUGUCAUUGUAUCCCAGGUUAUGAAGGAGACUUAUGUGAGAGAGAAACGAAUGAGUGCGAGUCAUCACCUUGUCAAAAUGGAGUAACAUGUGUAGACUCUUACCUCAGCUUCACAUGCAACUGUGUUGUAGGAUAUCUGGGAAUUUUGUGUGAAACAAAUAUCAAUGAGUGCCUAUCUAUACCAUGUCAAAAUGGAGCUAUCUGUGAGGAUGAUGUCAAUGGCUAUAACUGUGCAUGUGUGCCGGGCUUCACCGGUGUGUUAUGUGAAACAGAAGUGAAUGAAUGUAAUUCAUCACCAUGUCAAAACAGUGCUGCAUGCACUGAUCAAGUGAAUAGAUAUGAGUGUCAAUGUGUGGCUGGUUAUUCAGGACAGCAGUGCGAAACAGAUAUAGACGAAUGUGCUUCAAGUCCUUGUCAGAAUGGCGGUACUUGCACAGAUAUACUGGCUGGCUAUACAUGUAACUGUAUUGAAGGCUACACUGGACUAAACUGCGAAUCUGUAGAUUUUAAUGAAUGUGAAAGUGAACCAUGUUUCAAUAGUGGAGUUUGCAAAGAUGUUAUCAAUGGUUUCCAAUGUACCUGUGCAGGUAAAUUCAGCGGAUCAUUUUGUCAAAUUGUACAAAACAUGACUGUUCCUUGCACUGAUGAACUUGAGUCAUCAGACUGUGAUGACGUUGUUGCCUGUGCUGAGGCUGCCUUUUCUUGCACCUAUUCAUACUUUACUGAAUUCCUUUUGCCAUUAUGCAAGUUGCAGGACUGCACUUCAACUGCAGUGCAAUGGUCAUCGGCAGCCAGCUCAUGCUUGAUCAAGCAAAUACAUAAUUACUUUUUGCUGAACUACAGCAGUGAACCAUCACCCACAAAGUGUAUUGAGUUUCAACGGUUUAUGUUUUAUUCACAGCAGGAGUGUCUUAAUCAUUUUCUGUGCAGUAGCAACAUUAGUCAUUCUGAUGCUGAUAUUGUGUCAAAUGUGUUUGACAGAUCUUCUCCUCUUCGUAAUGAAAACAUAGAGCAGAUGUUGCAAGUUAUAGAUUCUUGCCCAGGAGAUGGUGUGGACUCACUUGCUGAUAGUUUGAAAGAUAGAGGCUUUGUUAUCUGUGUAGUUGUUGAAUUGUUAGCAGGCAAUAAUGAAACAGUUAGAGCAGCAUCUGUUCUCUCUAGACUUUUAAACCUCAUUGCAUCAGUGACAGGAGGUACUGGUGAUGUUACUUCUUUCGAUUCUAAGACAUGUCCAGCGUUACCUUCUGACAACAACAGCCGAAAACGUCGAAGCGUAGCUGGCAAUGACAUAGUACGAAUUCGAAGGAAUACAGAAACUGUUGCUUCUUCUAAUACUACUAUUCAGCUGGCAUUUUUGAGUAGUGGCGAUAAUGCUGUCAGUUUGUCAACGUUAUGUGACAAUACAUCAACUGUGGGGAAUGCAAGUCUGGGUUGUUCAGUGUGUGGUAAUGGUGUGUUAAAUGUUGCUGAUGAGAGCUGUGACGAUGGAAAUGAAAUGUCUGGUGAUGGUUGCUCUAACGAUUGUGCCAUUGAGCGAGGUUAUGAUUGUAACAUAAAUGUGGCACCUAGUAUUUGCAUAAACAAGACUUGUGGUGAUGGUAUUCGUGUGUCUGGAGAGGAGUGUGACAAUGGGAAUCGUCGUGGAUGUUCUAACUGUUUGAUUGUUCAAGGGUUUGAGUGCUCUGAUGUAUUUUACGAAAGCAGUGUGUGCUUCAGUUGUGGCAAUCAAAUAGUGGAAGAGUUAGAGCAGUGUGACAAUGGACUCAGUAGUGCUAUUGAUGGUUGUAGCAAUACCUGCUUUGUUGAUCUUCUUUGGGACUGUACAUCUGUGAUUGACGAGGAAAGUGUUUGUGAACAUGUUGCUGUUGACUUCAAUGUUGCCGAUGUCACAACUUUGAAUCCUUCAGUUAUUGGCUUUGGUGCUGCUGGUGCCGUACUGUUUUUAGUACAGGAAGUUGGACAACUGGAUAGUAGUCGUUUUGGUAAUACGGAUUGGAAGAGUAUAGAAGUUAAUAUGUCUAUUCCAGCAUCUUCUAACAUCUCUUUUGAAAAUAUUGAUUAUUUACGAGAUCAAGCAGUUCUUCAACAAAGGAUAACAACUUCUGACUUCUUAGCAUUAAAUAAUUCCAUUGUAGAGGAUCAAAGUGUUGCUGAUGUCAGUUUAGGAGAGAGACACAAAAGAUUUGUGCGUUUGAAUAAGCCUGCUAAUCUUACUCACGUGUUACUAUCAUUGGUGUUUCGUCAUUCUACUGUAGACGUCCAGGGAGAGUUUAGGUAUGUUAAUUUGACAAUUGUGGAUAUUUUUGAUGAUCGAUCUCCAACAGUUAUGAUCACUUUGAGAUAUAAUGGCUCAAACGAUAACUCACCAAUAGUCAGUAUUGCUGAGAAUGCAACAAUUAUUAUAUCUACAUCUUCACCUAUAAUUGUGUUAUCACUUUCUCCUCCAUCUGUGGAUGUGUCAUCAUCAGUUGUUGUAGUACCUUCAUCAACAAUCAUUUUACAGACAGUUUCUUCUCCACCUUCUGUGAUUUUAUCGCCUAUUCUAUCUCCAUCUGUACGCCUACCUGCUACCGUUGAACCAGUGACAUCAUCACAAGUAGUAAAAGUCUCUUCUGCAGUAUUGAGUACCCCUCAAACAUCAACUUUAUUUGAACCCACACCAGUUUCUUCAGCUUUACUUACAUCAUCUAUAAUAACAACGGUUCAUGUUGCACCAACUUCAUGUUAUUUGAUUAAUUGCCCUGUGCUGAAUUAUCCCAUGCACGGCAGUAUAUCUACUAACAACAAUGUUUGCAAUACAACUGUGCACUUUGGCUGUGAUGAUUGCUACUUUCUUGUUGGUCAGUCAAACUUAACUUGUCUGCCGAAUGGAGAGUGGGAUGGAAAUCCACCUUCUUGCGAAGUUGUGUACUGCCCGUUGUUGAUGACACCAUACAAAGGUAAAAAGAACUCUAAGGACACUAGGUGUGGUGUAAUGGUUGAGUUCAGUUGCGAUGAAAACUUCACAUUAUCAGGGAAGUCUUCUUUGGUUUGCUUGACGAAUGGAACAUGGGAUGGCAUUGCUCCACAAUGCGAGGCUUUAGCUGAAACAGUAGCCCCCACACGCUCAGAAGGAGGUUCUGAUCUAACAACUGCUGAAAUCAUCUUUGUCAUUGCUAGUGUUGUUGGAGUUGUCUUUCUCAUCAUAUAUAUACUCAUUAUUUUAUAUUGCAGAAUUUGUAAAAAGAAUAAAGUGGAACCAUCAAGUGAUGAUGAUCUGGCACCAUAACCAGUGAAAGCUUGUGCUGAUCGUACACAGAUACUGCUGAAUGGUGAAACGAAUGACUGACAUUUCCAUGCGAGUAUCUAGUAUAAGUUUAUUUGGCUAGCUGCAUGUUAAAUUAACUUUGCAUAUAACUGAUUUUGUUUUGUCUUUAUUUGUCUGCAUGUCUAAGCUGGAGUUGAGAAUUAACUAGUUAUUGCUCUGUGAGGAUCACUGUUUUUUAUUGUUGUAUUAAUUAAACAGUGUAGUUCCUUUUCUGAA